GUUGAUAAUUGAUAAUGAAACACUCAUCUAAACAUUCUACUUUGUAUUUAUAAAAGUAUGAAUACAAUAUGAAUAAGAAUCUGAUUCAAAUGGAAUUGAUUUCAAUAGAUCAAGUACUUUAUUGAAUAUAAAUAUGAUAUAGUGUACAAAUUAAUAACUAUGAAGAAUUGAAUAGUGUAAUUGAUGUAUUUAAAAUUGUAGAUUGUGAUUAAUGAGAGAAUAUAGUAUGAUUUGUUUGGAUUAGACAAUGAUCUCUUAGAGAAUUUUAAGUAGACUCAAAAGAGAUGGUAAGAAGGGAGUUUAUUUGAUAUUGGAUUAAUAAAUUUAGAGAUAGAUGAAAAUUUAGACUAUUUGAAGGUUUUGCACAUUGAUUUAAGAGAAUGUGUUAUUGAUUGUAAUUAUAAUUAAUAGGAAAUUGGGUUGUUUUUAUGGCUGAAGAACAUAGAAAUACAAUCAUUGGAAAUGAUUAAGAAGAAUGGGGAUAAUUAAAUAUAUAUAUAAAUGGAAUGA